AUGCUUACUGUGCAGAUAAGGAAGGAAGCACUUUGGGCUUGCUUUGCUAUGGAACCUAAUUUUGAAGCGAUGAUAACGGAUGUUUGUGUUCCUCUAUCGCACUUAGGAGAUUUGAUAUCGAGGUCCAAAAAAGAGUUGGACGCUUCACCGUUGGUGUGCACAGUUGUUGCCCAUGCUGGUGAUGGGAACUUCCACACGGUGAUUCUGUUUGAUCCCAAAAGUGACAAGCAACAGAAGGAAGCUGAGAGAUUAAACCAGUUUAUGGUCCAUACUGCUUUAUCCAUGGAAGGAACAUGUACUGGAGAACAUGGUGUGGGUACCGGGAAAAUGAAGUACCUUGAACAAGAACUUGGAAUAGAGGCUUUGCAAACGAUGAAAAGGAUAAAAGCUGCUUUGGAUCCCAACAACAUCAUGAAUCCAGGAAAGCUCAUCCCCCCCCAUGUUUGUUUGUAA